UAUUUAAUCUGGUAUCAUGGGUGCAAGACAUGCUGUAUCAACGCACGUGUAGUUAGAUGAAAAAUGCCCUAGUGUCCAAUCCUGCAGCACCGUAGGUAGGCUAUUUUAUGGUUGGAAUUUGGAAACACCGUGGCAUAAGUGCGAAUGCAAUCCUUUGCCAGGACAUUUUGAGCCAUACUAAUGAUAAGAGCGCUUUUAUCGCCUUGGACAUUUCUUGAAGAUUCUCCCCUUUAAAAACCUUUCAUAAUUUUGCGAGGUCAGUGUAUCGAAUAUGGCAGAACCUCUGUGGCAAAGCCGGAAGGGGGAAACUGCGCGAGAAAUUUCCUCCAUCCAGUGUUUUUAUAGAAUAUAGUCCAGUGACGAAAUUAAUAAUUCAAAAUGGCGAGCAAAACAGGAGGAAGAGUUGUAUCUUCUAAAGUAUCUAAAGGAAGACUUAUUGCUGUGAUUGGAGACGAAGAUACCUGUACUGGUUUUCUCUUGGGAGGAAUUGGUGAAAUUAAUGAUAAACGACAAAAGAACUUUUUCGUUGUGACCAAAGACACGUCAGUUAGCGAAAUUGAAGAAACAUUCAAGACUUUUACAAAUCGUAACGAUAUUGCCAUCAUAUUGAUUAACCAAAUAAUAGCCGAAGAAAUUCGCCAUGUUUUAGACGGUUAUGCAGAUGCUGUCCCAGCUGUGCUAGAAAUUCCUUCAAAACAUCAUCCGUACGAUCCUUCAAAAGAUUCCAUUUUGCGAAGAGCUAAGGGUCUUUUUAGUGCAGAAGAUUUCAAGUAAAACACUAUGUAAUCAGUAUAGGUAACUUAAUUGUACGUAAUAAUGAAACAUAAUGAAAUGAUAAUAAUUUUAAUUGAGUCAUAAACAUAAAUAAUGAAAUGAUAAUAAUUUUAAUUGAGUCAUUUGAUAAAGCAUCCUACACUACAGAUUAUGAUAUAAAUUUCAGGUUAAUAUUUUUCAUUUUGUCUAACUGCUUGCGAAGAUAAUAAUAGUCUUGUCUUUGAGUAACCCGCUCGCAGGCCCUUAAAAGAUAGACUAAGGUGAAGGAAAGGCUUACGACUUGUUAUAAAAAACCUUUUUUCCUACACAUAUACAAAUUAAAUUCCCAGCGGCCAAAAGUGCCAGUGGUCGAAAUGGCUCCUCACAAGGUUGAUAUAUUGUGUAAAUAUUGAACUUGCACUUGAUAUUGACUGGAAUUUGAUGUUUUUUCAUCGCUUUCAAAAAUAUCUUAAUAUUUUUAAAUUUGAUUUCACUUUGAACAAGAAGCAGUAAGACUAGCAGUAAUCUCGUAAAGUAAAGUAAAUAAAGUGAUAUAUCGAACGGGAUUUGGGAUACCAACUUUUUUUUUGUCAAACAAUGACACCGUGUUACUUAGUAUUUUGCUCCUUGUCCAGGCUUGUUAAUUUCAGUGCAGGUUGCUGAGGCAGAAAGCCUCGGAUUAACAGCAAACUAUUUGGGAGGAUACUGGAUCUCUAUCGGCUUUUGACGAUCAAAAGACCUUCUUGUUUAUUCGCUAUCCACCAAGUGCUCUCGUUUUCGCGUUCCUAGUUUUAGUACGAGUGUCGAUCAUCUUUGUUCGGAUGAGAAAUAUCGCAUGAGCCUUAUUGAAUAAACAAAAAUAAAUAAGGAAUCCGAUGCCUAAGCUUAUGACAUGACCUCAUAGCAUGCUUUACACACAAACACAUUGGAGGUUUCUGUAAUAUAAAGGAGAGGAGCGCAGUGUAUCUAUGACAACAAAAGUGUUUACGCGUGUCUUUGAAUACAACAAUAGAUUGUUAUGUGAUUGGAUGAAGUUUUUU